AACAACCGAUGUUCUCCGAAUUUACAAAUGAAAUACGUUCAUUCAACCCCGCUCAAGUCUCACACAAAACUCAGUAUGUUGUCAUUAUCAGAUCUGAAAGAACCGAAGUUGGUAUGGGAGAUCCAAAAGUACUUUGGGGUUAGGACAAAAACCGCAAAAUCCAAUAACAGCAAUGAAGAAACUGAUAACAGUUACGUGAUAACAAAUAAAUUCUGGUACUAUUUGUUUGUUUUUGGGACGGCACUUGGAGAUGAAGCUUUUUAUUCAUCAUUUAUACCAUUUUGGUUUUGGAAUAUUGAUGGGGCUGUAGGGCGCAGGGUUGUUCUAAUUUGGACCAUAGUCAUGUACAUAGGUCAAGCUGUCAAAGAUAUAAUCAGAUGGCCGAGACCAGGCCCUCCAGUUUUAAGGCUCCAAAACAAAUGGUCUUUGGAAUAUGGGAUGCCUUCGACCCAUGCUAUGGUUGCUGUGGCCUUUCCAUUCUCAUUUCUGUUGUGUACAAUGAAUAGGUAUCAGUACAACAUUCCUCUAGGCAUGGUUAUUGCAGUUUUGUGGUGUUCUAUUAUAUGCCUAAGUAGGCUAUACUUAGGCAUGCAUUCAGUUUUGGAUGUCGUCGCGGGUUUAGCCCUAACGGUCUUAAUAAUGACUCCGCUUAUACCCAUUGUUGAUUAUUUAGACAAUUAUUUACUAACAGACCCCACGUCCCCCUUUCUUUUGUUAGUUGUUUCCAUUCUUAUGAUUGUUUAUUAUCCAAACAGUGGCAAAUGGACCCCAACAAGGGGCGACACUACAAUGAUUCUUUCCGUUUGUGUGGGAAUUCACUGCGGGGCUUGGCUGAACUACCAAUUGGGAAUAAUGACGACUUCAGAUUUGACACCACCGUAUGCUAUCAUGUGGCCUUCUUACACUAUGUUAGGUUGUACCAUCUUACGCACAAUAAUCGGGUUUGCUUUGGUUCUUUUAACUAGAUCCGUAUCUAAAAGUGCGUCAUACAACUUCAUUUGUGCUAUUUUAAAAGAAGAUGUCGAUGUCUUGAAAAAGUCUGAUAAUUCGCUGACUAAUAAGCACAAAACCAUUGUCGAUUUGGGUUGCAAAUACAUCACUUGUGGGAUGAUCGGGUUCAAUGCCCUUUAUUUGAUUCCACAAUUAUUUAGAUAUUUGCGAAUUGAAAGACCGACGUUUUUUACUGAGAUUUGAUAGUUAAUGUGAUUUUGUUUUAUUUAUUUUUUAUUUAAUUUUUUUGACUAUUUGUUGUCAAUGAUCUAUAACUUUUAUUAUACACUGUUUUAAUUCAUUGUAGUAGAUUUGAAUUUUCGCUAUAGCUAAGAUCACGAUCCUAAAAUAGUCUAUUUUACGAUCGUGAGUAAGACAAUCGGUAAAACCACUGUUCAGUACAUAUCAUUUUUUCUGCUGGCAUUGCUCAAGUAAUUACAGUAAAAAAUUAGGGCUUAAAAGUGCGACAGGCUUGUGAUAAAGUAAUACAAACAACAAUUUCAUAACGUCAUAGCGUACUUAGGUAAAUUUCAUAAUCAAUUUUUAUUGUAAUUAAAUUUAUUGUAAAAAUAUUUAACAAUUCCAAUUCCAUUAUGCAAUAAUUAACCUCCCACGAGGGGCAUUGUUACUGUUAAAACCUAAAAUAAAAAUAAUGAAAUGAUUA